CUGUAAUAUUGGACAAAAUGGAGGACGGGUUGAAGAUAGCGAGUGCUAGUCUGCGGCGAAUGUUUUACUUGUUGACGCCAAAUGAAUCAUCAUUCAAAGACGUGAAAGAGGUCCCCAGAUAUGUGGAUGAGGCACUUCCUGCAUUCAUAGUCCUGGCACUGAUCGAAAUCCCAAUACUCUACCUUCAGGGGAGGCCACUCCCCAGGUUUAAUGAUACUUUUAGUUCUUUGGCUGCAGGAGUAGUCUCACAAUUUCACAAUUUGCUGUUCCGUGGUGUAGAAAUAGCCACCUACAUUUGGGUGUACGAUCGAUGGAACAUUGUGUCGCUACCCUGGGACAGCCCUUGGACUUGGCUUUUUGGACUGAUAGGUGUAGAAUUUGGAUACUACUGGGUACAUCGGACAGGACACGAGAUGAACAUCAUGUGGGCAGGUCACCAGACCCAUCACAGCUCAGAGGAUUACAACCUGGGUACCGCUCUACGACAAUCCGCUGUCCACAGAUAUUUCAAUUGGGUGAUCUACUUGCCGCUGGCCUUAAUUAUGCCUCCUUCAGUCUUUCUUGUCCACAUCCAAUUAAACCUUCUCUACCAGUUCUGGAUCCACACAGAGACUGUCAGAAGUGUGGGCCCCUUGGAAUGGAUACUGAACACUCCGAGUCACCAUCGUGUCCAUCAUGGCCGAAACCCCUACUGCAUCGACAAAAAUUACGGUGGUGUCCUCAUCAUAUUUGACCGUUUGUUUGGGACAUUCCAGGCUGAGGAAGAGAAAGUCAUUUAUGGACUUGUACAUCCACUCCAGUCCUGGGACCCAAUUAAUGCACAGAUCUGUCACUUGAAAUACAUGUUUAAAAAAGUUCAGGAGGAAAAGGGCUUCAGCAACAAGAUGGGAGUCAUCUUUAAAGGCCCUGGCUGGUCGCCAGGGAAACCGUGGACAGGUCUUAUUGAGGAUAUCCCAGAGGUGAAGGAGCCCGUGGAGAAGUACGACAGUGACGUCCCACUAAAGACAAGCCUGUACAUUUUUCUUCACUUCUUUAUUUUGAUCGUCGCAUCAGGAGUACUUACUAAAUUCAAAGAGGGUAUGUCACCUGUAUGGACCAUAUCCUUUAUCCUGUUCAUGCUGUUCUCGCUGACGAGCUUUGGAGCUAUUUAUGAUAACAAGAGUUAUGGACCUUUGAUGGAGCUCUUUAGAUGUGGUGUGUUUCUUGUGGUGGCAAAGUUCAGCACUCCAAUGAUGGGCUCCAUGGUUACAGUGGGUUCUGUACUGAGCUGGUUUUAUGUAGCAUCUGCUUGUCUUUGGCUAUACGAAUGCGUGAGACACAAUCUGCUGGUGAAGAAAGUGAAAACUUUGUAACCUGUCAGACUUAUAUCCUGCCGAAAGAAGUAAAAAGUCUGUGAGAUAUGUGACACAAUUCUUGUUGAAGAUAGUCAAAACUUGAUAAACUAGUCAAAACUGAAGAAAGUGGAAACUUUAUAGACCAUUUCCACCAAAGAAAGUAGAAAUAGAUAACUGUAUCAGGGAUAAUCCUGGAGGGGUCCAUGGGGCCAUUGACCCCUCAAAACUGAAAUUGACCCAUCCAUGUUA